GGACAUUCGUCAUUAAUUAUAUGAUGAUUUGAAAACACAUUUUCCAUGUGGCGUGAUCAUUCAAGUCCCCGAUUUUUGUCAUGUUCAAUUCUGUACGCCCCGAAAAUCGAUUGUAUUUAUGAUUAGUGGAUAUUAACGCGGAUAUAACCCUGAACGUAAGAUUUCUAACUUUUUUUACGAAUAUUUCUUGUUGGACAACCUUGUAACACAAACGUCACAAGGGAAAGGUUUAUAUUUCUGGUUAAGACUCUCGGUAUUUGUUCUUCCGAAUAGUCAAGUUCCAGGCAUCUACACGAAGAGACGUUUAUCAAGAACUAUUUUCUGUAUUAUUUUUAAAAUGGCUCAAAAUGUAUCUUUAUUGACACGCAUAGUAGCCUCUUCCGUGACGGUUGUAACUCGAGCGGGAAAAAUCAUUCGAGAUGUGAUGAGCAAAGGUGAACUGAAUAUUGUUGAUAAAGGUAAUAAUGAUUUACAAACUUUAGCUGAUCGCUCGGCACAGCUAUGUAUUGUAACAUCCCUAAGGCAUCAGUUCCCAACCAUUUCAAUAAUUGGGGAAGAGGAUUUAAGCGUUUGCGAAGUACCUUUUGAUUGGGUUGACACUGAAGCGGAUCCAGAGAUUUUGAAAUUGAAAUUACCACCUCAUCUAGAAACUGUUGAGGCUAAAGAUGUAUGCGUUUGGGUGGAUCCUCUUGAUGGAACGGCAGAAUAUGCACAGGGGCUUGUAGAACAUGUAACUAUAUUAGUUGGAGUAGCCAUUGGAAAACGAGCAGUUGGAGGUAUAAUUCAUCAGCCAUAUUACAAAAAUUCAGAAAAUGGAAUGCUUGGUCGAACUUUAUGGGGUAUUGAAGGUGUAGGUGUGCAUGGUUUUAAAGCAGUACUUCCACCUGAAGGAAAACGAAUAAUUACUACGACACGCUCUCAUUUAGACAAUACUGUACAAGCAGCCCUUGAUGCUAUGCUAGCUGAUGACAUUAUCCGUGUUGGAGGUGCAGGACAUAAAGUUGUACUCCUAUUGGAAGGAAAAGCACAUGCCUAUGUGUUUGCCAGUAAAGGCUGCAAAAGGUGGGACACCUGUGCACCAGAGGCUAUUCUGCAUGCUGCUGGAGGCACGUUAACCGAUAUCCAUGGUGCAACGUAUUCAUAUGAUGCAGAAACAAAUCGAGUUAAUAGUGGUGGAGUGUUGGCAACAGCUCCAGGCCAAGAUCACGAUUGGUACAUUUCCCGCAUUCCUCAUGAAGUAAAACGAAAUUUUUGAAAAUCUAGACUAUAGUUUAAAAUUACAAUAUAAAACAAUGCAGUACAUUAAAUAAAUUU